AUGGAAGAUGUAAUUUGUAGAUUUGUUCGAAAACUGCUUGCAAUGAUUGAAGAUGCUGGAAAUAGUGACAUGAUUGGCUGGUCUAAUGAUGGGAAAUCAUUUAUCAUUUUCAAACCAAUCAGGUUUGCCAAACAUGUGCUGAAUGUCUACUUUGGUAAUUCCAAAAUAAGUUCAUUCGUAAGGCAAUUGAAUAAAUAUGGAUUUCACAAGCAAAGGGUCCCUGAAGAAAUCAGCAGAAUAUACGGCAUGAGAGUGUGGGUAUUCAAGCACACACAUUUUAUCAAGGGAAGAUACGACAAAAUGCGUAAGAUAAACAGGCAGAAAGAGAAUGGGAAUUCAAAUAUUAUAGGGGAGACAUAUUUAUCAAGUGAUUCAUUAGAAAAUAACGAUAAUGAUGCUAAUGUGAGUGUUUUAUUUAGCAACUGCACCAUAAAUAUCCUGACAGCAAUAGCAAAACAGUUAGGUAUCAUGAUUAACGACAUAAUUGAGCUCAGAAAGGAACUAAAUAAAGUCAAGGAACAUAAUGAAAUCAGAAAAAUAGGAAAAACAUACUUGAUUUGUGAUGAAAACGAAAAAGAUGCAACAAAUCCACACAAAAUGCUACGUGAAUGUGGAUUCAAUGCGUUAAUAGCAUCAGAUACCGCAAGAAUGAGUGAAAUUAUGAAUCAAAUGACAUUCAAAUUUGUAAUUGUAAGCAAGGAAAACAAGCAUUUUAUGGAAAUGAUUGUAAAAAUACACAGUAUUAACAAACAGAUAUGCAUUAUUGUAAUAUCAAAUAAUGCUAUCACAUUGGAUUCAGAUCUAGCAAGAAACAAGCAGAUUAUGGGCGUGUUAUCAAAACCAAUUACAAAAACCACCCUGAUAAACAUAAUCAGCAAGCUGGAAUACCUGAAUCUAUGA